UUUUCAUCAAAUUUAGGCGUCAAUGAGUCAGAAAUUAGGAAUUCAUUGUUUGACUUUAGGUGCAAGUGUCUCAAUUACCAUAACUGACCUUCUUAAUUGACUCUGACCUACACGCCCCUAUGGUUUAAAUGUAACUUUAGCCAUAAAUUUAUGACCCCAACAAACUUAUUCCGCUAAAUGUCCAUUAGUUCCUCAAUUCACCUCCAAGCUUGUUAUUCAGAUUAAUAAAACACAGAAAGAAAAUCAUGGUUUACAAAUAUAUUAUUCCAUGGCUCAUACUAGUCCUGACUGCUACUAGUGCAGCCACAGUUGCCGGCAAUGUUCCGGCCAUCAUCGUGUUCGGAGACUCCUCUGUUGAUGCAGGCAACAACAACCAGAUUCUGACGAUUGCCAGAGCCAAUUUCCCGCCUUAUGGUCGUGAUUUUCCCGGUGGUACGGCCACCGGAAGGUUCUCCAACGGUAAAAUUCCUCCAGAUUUCAUUUCGGAGGCAUUCGGUCUAAAUCCAAUUGUGCCAGCAUACUUGGAUCCAAUGUAUAAUAUAUCAGAUUUUGCUGUCGGAGUCAGCUUUGCCUCUGCUGGUACUGGCUAUGACACUGCCACCUCCAAUGUGCUAAAAACAAUACCUCUAUGGAAGGAAAUGGAGUACUACAAGGAGUAUCAGAAGAGGCUGAGAGACUAUCUUGGAGACGAUAAGGCCAACUACAUAAUUAGCGAGGCUUUAUAUCUGAUAAGCAUGGGAACAAAUGACUUUCUUGAGAACUACUAUCUUCUUCCCAUUACUCAAGCUAGAUACUCUGUUGACCAGUACCAAGAUGUUCUGAUUGGAAUGGCGGAAAAUUUCCUUAGGGAGCUGCAUGAACUCGGAGCUAGAAAAAUUUCCCUCGGGGGGAUUCCGCCAAUGGGGUGUUUGCCAUUGCAGAGAAGUACAAAUCUUAUGACUGGAAAAGGAGAUACAUGUGUGGAGGAAUAUAACGUGGUGUCUGUGAGUUUCAAUGCCAAGCUGAAUGGUUUGGUGCAAAAGCUAAACAAGGAGCUUCCUGGUGCUCAGUUGGUGUACUCGAAUGUUUACGACCUUUUCUGGGAAUAUAUCCAUAAUCCUUCUCCAUAUGGUUUCGAGGAUGGUGGAAGGGCAUGUUGUGCCACUGGGAUGUACGAGAUGAGUUACUUAUGCAACAAAAUGAAUCCAUUAACAUGUAAAGAUGCAAGUAAGUUUUUGUUCUGGGAUGCCUUUCAUCCUUCCGAGCAAACAAGUCGUAUCAUCUCGGAGCACGUCGUUAAAAAUGAAUUGCAUCAGUUCAGGGCCGAAGACGGAACCGGAGCCGGAGGGAGUUCACACCUAGGGGGAGGGAGUUCAGACCUAGGGGGUGCAAGUGCCCCCCGUGGAUUCUCUCCCUCCCUUAUAUUAUAUAUAUACUUCCCUAUAAUCUAUAUAUAUAUUUUUGGAAAUAUGUAAAGUGCCCCUCCUGUAUCAGUUCCUUUGAUUUCUUACAAAGCAUGACGUACAUAUAAUUUACAAGAAGUAGCUUUGCUGAUAUAUUUUUAGUAAAUAACUCCUACAGUACUUUUGGGAGAGUUGAAUCUUAUACCUUUUGUUGAGAUACUAUUAGGCCGCAGACAUUAAAUCACUUUGUUGAUUUAUAUAUAUAUUAUUAAUUAGUUUUGUUA